GAGUGGAGAAACAUCAGUCUAUUGGAUCUCUUGGACAGCGAUGAAAUUUCAAUUUUAAUCGUUGAAAGAAAACAAUCGUCCAGGAUGACGGUGGAUUUUGAAGACUGCAUCAAAGAUUCGCCCCGAUUUCGGGCAAAUAUCGAUGAAGUGGAGACUGAGGUGGUGGAGAUUGAAGCCAAGCUUGAUAAGCUGGUAAAGCUGUGUGGCGGUAUGAUUGAAGCUGGGAAAGCAUAUGUCACUGCCAAUAAGCUCUUCAUCAAUGGCAUCCGUGACUUAUCCCAGCAAUGCAAGAAGGACCAGAUGAUAUCGGAAUGUCUGGAAAAGUGUGGCGAGAGUUUGCAGGAAAUCGUCAACUACCACACGAUCCUGUUUGAUCAAGCUCAGAGAUCUGUGAAGCAGCAGUUGCACUGCUUUGUGAAAGAUGACGUGCGUAAAUUCAAGGACACUAAGAAGCACUUUGAUAAGGUGAGGGAGGAUCUGGAGAUUGCACAGGUGAAGAACGCACAAGCACACAGAAACAAACCCAAUGAGGUGGAGGAGGCCACCAGCACCCUCAACUUCACCCGCAAGUGCUUCAGACAUCUCGCUUUGGACUAUGUGCUACAGAUCAAUGUCCUUCAAGCCAAAAAGAAAUUUGAGAUCUUAGAUUCAAUGUUGUCAUUCAUGCAUGCACAGUACUGCCUCUAUCAGCAGGGCUAUAACCUACUGGAUGAGAUUGACCCUUAUAUGAAGAAACUAGCUGCUGAGCUGGAUCAACUGGUGAUUGAUUCAGCAAUGGAGAAGAGAGAAAUGGAGCAUAAACAUGCCACAAUACAGCAGCGGACACUUCUACAGGACUUUGCGUAUGAUGACCCAAAGUUGGAGUUCAGUGUCGAUGCACCCAACGGAUUGGUGAUGGAGGGCUAUCUGUUUAAAAGGGCCAGCAAUGCCUUCAAAACAUGGAACAGACGGUGGUUCUCCAUCCAAAACAGCCAGUUGGUUUAUCAGAAGAAACUGAAGGAUUCCCUCACAGUCGUAGUGGAGGACUUGAGGUUGUGUUCUGUCAAACCUUGUGAGGACAUCGAGAGGAGGUUCUGUUUUGAAGUGGUAUCCCCCACUAAGAGCUGUAUGCUACAGGCAGAGUCAGAGAAACUUCGGCUGUCCUGGAUCCAGGCAGUCCAAGCCAGCAUCGCCUCAGCAUACAGAGAGAGUCCAUUAGACAAUUAUUAUAUUGAGCGGUUGGACCGGACCGCCUCCCCAUCUAUCAGCAGUAUAGAUUCAGCGAAUGAGCCCAGAGAGCGCAGUGGGAGGGGCGAGAGCAUUCUGCAGCGUAUCCUGUGUCUGCCUGGAAACCAGCAGUGCUGUGACUGUGGGCAGACCGAGCCUCGCUGGGCGAGCAUCAAUCUGGGCGUGCUGCUCUGCAUUGAGUGCUCCGGCAUUCACAGGAGUUUGGGGGUCCACUGUUCAAAAGUUCGUUCUCUCACCCUGGACUCAUGGGAACCAGAGUUACUGAAGCUGAUGUGUGAACUAGGCAACAGUAUCAUCAACCACAUCUAUGAAGGCUGCUGUGAAGAACAAGGCCUGAAUAAACCAGGACCCAACAGUUCCAGGCAAGAAAAGGAGGCCUGGAUCAAAGCAAAAUAUGUGGAGAAGAAGUUCUUGAAGAAGAUGAUGACUGGCGAAGUUCUCGUUAAUGGUGGGAAGAAAUCAGAGCGCAGGUGGAACCCCAGGAAGUGCAGGAGGCACAACAGCGCUACCACUGUUCCCAAAACACACCGCAAAUACAGACAGGAUCCAGGCAGUGCAUCACCUGCUACACUCUCCUCAGCGACUGCUGCUCUGGAGAGAAAGUUCCGGCGAGAGUCUCUAUUCUGUCCAGAUGAGCUGGACUCACUUUUUUCCUAUUUUGACACUGGUUCAGGGCCUCGCAGUCUGAGCAGUGACAGUGGGUUAGGAGGCAGUACUGACGGCAGCACUGACAUCUUAGUAUUUGAGUCUGUGGUGGACAGUGUCACAGAGGAGGAGUGCGAGGUGUCUGAGGACUCAAGUAAUGAGGCUGAACUUGAGCCAGAGGCAUCGGAUCCAGAGGAUUCGAGAGAACUGGGUCCCGGAGCAUUACUUUAUAAGGCCUGUCAGGCUCGAAAUCUGCCCGUCAUGGCUGAAGCGCUGGCACAUGGAGCGGACGUCAACUCCGUCAAUGAAGAAGAUGAGGGGAAGAGCCCACUCAUGCAGGCUGUUAUUGGGGGUUCUUUGAUAGCCUGUGAGUUUCUGCUCCAAAACGGUGCAGAUGUCAACCAAAGAGAUCACAGAGGAAGAGGCCCGCUGCACCACGCCACAUAUUUAGGUCACACUGGUCAAGUGUGUUUGUUCUUGAAACGAGGCGCAUCCCAGAACGAUGGUGAUGAGGACGGGCAGGACCCUCUGAGCAUAGCAGUCCAAGCCGCUAAUGCAGACAUAGUUACCCUGUUGCGUCUGGCUCGGAUGAACGAGGAGAUGCGCGAGUCGGAGGGUCCGUUCGGUCAGCCAGGUGACACCACAUACCUGGACAUUUUCCGAGAGUUUUCUCAUAUGGCAUCACACAAUCCUGAGAAAUUGAAACGGAGGAGUAUUCAUUUCCGUCACUCAUUCAGGUAG